AUGGAUCCCCAUUUGUUCAGGGCCGCAGUUGAAGGCAACGUCGAACCCUUCAGGGACAACCCUCAAAAUCUUAAACAAGUAGUAACAAAGUUAGGAGACACCAUUUCGCAUGUCAACAUCAAGUCCCAAAAUGAAGCAAUGGCGUCCACCAUAUUCGUUGAUCAAAUACUCACCAUAUGCCCAUCACUCUUGUUGCAAGUCAACGCCAAUGGCGAUACUCCCCUUCAUGUUGCAGCUAAAUGCGGGAACUCGGCUAUGGUGGAAGUUCUUUUUCAGCAUUCAAAGGCUCAACCUGGAGACUCACAGAGUGGCGGGUUGAAUCCUGUGUGGGAGAUGUUGAAGAUGACUAAUAAGGAAGAAAACGCAGCGUUGCAUGAGGCAGUGCAGUAUGGAAGCUUGGAAGUGGUGAAGGUUUUAACGAGAGAAGGUGAUCCUGAGUUUUCUUACUCUGCUAAUAGUUAUGGGGAAACCCCACUUUACCUUGCUGCAGCUAGAGGAUCUCCGGAGAUGGUGGUUGCAAUAUUAGGAAGCUGCAGAGCGGCGGCCCACGGAGGACCCUGUGGAAAGACGGCUUUGCAUGCGGCAGUCAUGAGCAGAGAUUUUGAAACCAUGAAAGAAAUACUCGAGAAGAAGAAGUGUUUGACAAAAGAAACGGACCAAUAUGGGUGGACUCCACUUCAUUAUGCUGCAUAUUACGAUCUUCCUGACAAUGCACAAGUCUUAUUAGAAAUUGAUGAAUCUGCUGCAUUCAUACCUGACAAGGAUUUUAAUAUGACACCUCUUCAUGUGGCGAGCAGUCAAGGGUGUCUAAAGGUAAUAGAAAAAAUUAUUUUUCAUUCUCCACAAUGUUAUGAACUGGUGGAUGCUAGAGGUUGGAAUUUCCUUCACUUUGCUAUGGUGAGUUUAUAUGAAAAAGAUGUCGAUGUUCUCCUACAAAAUCCACUAGUUAGGAGUCUUAUACAUCAGAAGGAUGCCAAGGGGAACACUCCUCUCCAUGUUUUUGCAGCUUUAAAACGACGAAAUAGAAUCUACUUGGAGCAUAAAAGCAACCUUCAGGUUAUCAACAGGCAAAAUAUUAGUGUCGAACAUAUAUUAAGCUAUGGCUUUCCAGAGCUUGAGGUAAUUGCCGGCAUCUUCACUAAGUAUUAG